AUGAUGAAAGUAAGCUCCUCAUUGUUGGUGUUUGUAGCCACCUUAAUGGUGGCCCUAGCACCAUUAAUGGCCGCCGGCAGUUCCGGCGAAACGCCCAAGGAUGUGGAAAAGUGGUACAAACAGUUGUCUGGCAAAAAAGAGAAGCUGACAACGAUUCAUUUCUUUUUUCAAGAUGUUGUUUCCGGGAAGACUCCGACCGCCGUGGAAAUCGCCCGGUCCCGUCUCACCGGACCACCAACAUUUUUCGGUUUGACUAGGGUGUUUGAUGACCCAUUAACGGUUACCGGAUCACCCAAAUCGAAAACCAUUGGAUAUGGUCAAGGGAUUUAUUCCUUAACCUCACAGGAGGACUUGGCUCUACUUUUCACCUUCAAUUUUGUAUUUACCGACGGUAAAUACAAAGGUAGCACUCUCAGCGUUCAGGGCCACAAUCCUCUAGAAGAGAAGUACAGGGAAAUGGCAAUAAUCGGCGGUUCAGGGAUUUUCCGGCUGGCUAGAGGAAGUGCGGUGGCCUCAACUUACUGGGCUAAUGCUACCAGUCAAGAUGUCUCGUUUCACGGUCUCAUGACCGGUGAACAGGCCGAGGAGCUCCCCACUGGACCUCCUCACACAUUUACGAGUUUUUUCCAAAAGCCAAUAGACAAUCUUUCGUCUAAAGGCUCAUUAGUCAAGGAAGUCCGAUUCGUUAAUGGUGUUCCCAUUUUGGAGUAUGAAGAAGAUGAAUAUGAUCAAUUGGUAGCCCCACACCAAUUGAGUCUAAUCAGGAAGUUUUCCUAUGGCCGGCCGAAAAUGGAAGAGGUUCACAAAGAAUUCAAGAAGCUAGGGUUCCAUGGAGGCUAUACUCUUGGCCUUAUGAAUCCUAGGCAUGUCCUCAUUCGCUUUCAAAGGGAAGAGGAUUAUCAAAGAUCCUGGAUUGAAACGUCUUGGAACAUCGCCAGAUUCUCCAUGAGAAUUUUGAAAUGGAGGCCGGGUUUCAAAUUUGAGAAAGAUCCCCCCAUUGUCCCAAUCUGGGUCUCCCUUUUUGAUCUCCGGAUUGAGAAAUCAAUCUGGAGGCCUUCGGUAGCGCGUUUUUAUGUUGAAGUUGACCUUACAAAAGAAUUCCUAAAAUCUGUGAAGGUGGGAAAGAAAGGCAAGAAGCAUGAUCAGAUUUUCACCUAUGAACACAUUCCGGCUUAUUGUACUAAGUGUAAUAAGAUCGGGCACAAGAAAGAGGAUUGCCGGGCUGGCCUUCAAAAGGCUGUUGACAAGAAGAAAAAGGCUCCGGUGAAGAUUGUUGAUAGAGCCAAAACGAAGGAGCCUUUGCAUGUUCAUGCCGCUAAGCCACAGGAGAAGUCUGCCUCAAACCCUAGCGCGCAGGAGAAAGCCGCGACUAAGCAGGAUGCGACAAACCCUAGCGCGCAAGGUGGGGCUGCAACUGCUUCCGUUGCUGCUACAGACCGACCAUCAUCUUCUGGACUUUUUGCUAAGGAGAAGAAGACGAUUCCAGUGGAUGUGCAUGAUACAGCAACAGAAGAUCAAUCCAAAGAGGCUUCCCGUUUACCGGAUUCACCCCCGCAAGUGAAGGAACCAGGAUCAGAUGAAGACUUCAUUGAAUCAGUUUAUGUGGAAGACUCCCCAAAUAAGGAAGUAGAGGAAAUGUGUCGGGUUGAUGAUCAUGUUGAAUCGCGUGUUUUAGCGCUGAUGUCUUUGACGGAGACUCCUCAUAUUUUUUCUGAUGAUGGUGACAUCGGAUUGCAUGGAGCUGGUUUGGAGAAUGAUACGGGAAGCUGGUCUAAGGGUGAGAAAGAUGAGGUCCUGGUGCAUGGGGACGUCCGGGGAGAUUUUAUGAUUACAAAGAAACGUGGUCGCAAGUCUAAGGAGGAGCGGGCUAGAUCACAGGUUGAUAAGUUAGAUGAAAUAAAGCCCGAGCUUGCUUUUGAUACUGCUUACUCCUCAAAUAACAGCAAAAUAUGGUUUUUUUGCAAAUCUGAAAUUCAUGCUUCAUUGUUGAGUGAUGAUGAUCAAGUGCUGCACUUUGAAAUUAAGCAUCCUCUAGUGUCUCGAUCUUAUAUCUUGUCGGCUGUAAGCUUGGAGGAAUACAGCGGUGUCUCGGUGCAGGACCAUUCGGCCAUAGAGGAUUUCAACAUGUGUAUUCAGGCUUGUAAUUUGCUAGAGAUUGAAGCUGUUGGCGAGGAUUUCACUUGGGGUGGAACAAGGAACACAGGUUGGGAGACUCAAAGAUCUUUACGAAGGCUAAAUUCUUUCUUUGAGCAAUAUGAAAAAGCUACUGGUCAAAAAAUCAGUAGGGGUAAAAGCUCUUUUGUGGCUUCAGAGAAGUGUAGUUCAAGAAGAAUUGAAAUGAUCAAAGAAACAUUAGGAAUGCAACAUGGCUCUUUUCCCUUCACAUAUUUGGGAUGCCGAAUCUUUAAUGGAAGGAAAAAGGCGGCUAUAUUCCAAUUUCUCUUGGAUGCUAUGGAUGCUAAGCUCCUGAAUUGGAAAAACAAGUUUUUAUCUCCGGGACGCCGACUCAUGCUCAUUUGGUAUGCUUUGAGUUAUAUGCCGCUUCAUGUUUUUUCAGCAAUCCCUCCACCUAAGUCGAUCAUUAGGGCUAUGGAACCUCGCUGCCAAAAGUUUCUUUGGGAAGGAUCAAGCGAGGUUAAGAAGAGGCAUUGCCGCUCUUCGGAAAGAGUCACUUUUCAAGAAAAUGGCCUUGGAUUGAGAAGCUUUGAUGCUGUUAUCUCUGCCCUUACUUCUAAAUUAUGGUGGAAAUUGAAGAACAACAAGGGCAUUUGGAGCGCCUUUCUUCACUCUUUGUCUCACUCGGCUAAGGAGAAGACCUCUUGGGCUAGAGUAAUGAAAGUUGGUGAAUUAGCUAUAACUUUUUCUAAGAUUAUUGUACGGAAUGGGGAUCGAUCAUUCUGGUAUGAUAAUUGGGGCCCCAAUGGUGUCUUUUGA